AACAGAAAAUAUAGGAGUAAGCAGACAAAUUAAAAGAAAUGGAAAAGCAAAAUAAACGUGGGAAUCUCUCUCUAUAUAUACAUAUAUACAGCUUAGAACACUGAAUUCCUCCUCCAUUAAUUCCUUUGAAAAUCUCUGGAAAACACUCAGAUUGUUCAAAAGAAAGAGUCAAUGAAAAUGGAAGAGUCGGCGGCGAUGAAAGAGAGCACCAGAGCCGCCAUUCGCGACGGAGACGAUGAUCAGAAAGUUUCGUUAGAAGCAAAGGAAAUGAGUGUCGUCGAUGAUAUGAUCAAUGGUGGAGAUUUAUCGUCGUCUUCAACGGAUAUUUUGGUGGAGCCAAUGGCAGGGAUAAACGGGUCGGGUCCACCGCCAUUUUUGACGAAAACGUUUGAGAUAGUUGAAGAUCCGGAAACCGACCCGAUUGUUUCGUGGAGUAUCCAUCGCAAUAGCUUCAUUGUUUGGGAUUCUCAUAAAUUCUCUGAAAAUCUCCUUCCCAAAUAUUUUAAGCACAAGAAUUUGUCAAGCUUUAUUCGCCAACUCAACACUUAUGGGUUUAAGAAGAUCGAUUCUGAUAGAUGGGAAUUUGCAAAUGAAGGGUUUCAAGGAGGAAAGAAGCAUUUGUUGAAGAAUAUUAAGAGGAAAAAUAGAUAUAAUUCAAGUAAUAUUAAUACUGAAUUGGAAGCUGAGAUUGGGAUUUUGAAGAAAAAUCAGAGUGAAUUGAAGAUGGAAAUUGUGAAAUUGAAGCAAAAAAAUGAUGAAUCUAAUGAUAAACUGGAAGCUGAGAUUGGGAUUUUGAAGAAAAAUCAAAGUGAAUUGAAGAUGGAAAUUGUGAAAUUGAAGCAAAAAAAUGAUGAAUCUAAUGAUAAACUGACUGUAUUCGACGAUAGGAUUCGAUUUGUUGAGCGUAGGCAGCAACAAAUGUUGAAUUUCUUAGUUAAAUUAGUGAAAUUCCCCAUUUUGUUUCAGCAAUUGAUGAAGAAGAAACAGGUGGAAAGGAAAGAGCUUGAUGAAGGGGAAUUUAGUAGGAAGAAAAGGAGAUUGCUUGAGACACAAGUCACUAAGAGUUUGCUUGAGCUUAUGGGAACUGAUCAAACGGUCACAAAGAGCUUGAAUGAGCCUAUGGAGACUGACCGGAGGGGCACCAAGAACUUGCCUGAGCCUAUAGGGACUGACCAGAGGGUCACCAAGAACUUGCCUGGGCCUAUGGGGAAUGACCAAAGUGUCACAAAGAGCUUGCCUGAGCCUAUGGGGACUGACCGAAGUGUAGCAAAGAGCUUGCCUGAGCCUAUAGGGACUGACCAGAGGGUCACCAAAGACUUGGCUGAGCCUACGGGGACUGACCAAUGUGUCCCAAAGACCUUGCCUAAGCCAAUGGAGACCAACCAACGUAUCACAAAGACCUUGCCUAAGCCUAUGGAGAUUGGCCAAAGUGUCAUCAACUCUAAAAACCAAGUUGAUCAAGUGCUGGAACCAAUGCAAUCUGAUCACUUCUCAAAGUUUUUGCUUGAUUGUAUGGAGAAAGACUAUUGGGUUUCCAUGGAAGAUCAAGAGAACAUCGAUGCACAAGAAAUGUCAUCUGUUUAUCAUGUUAUGGCUGAAAACCUACUAGGCGAAAGCUCAUGUGUUGAAAAUGCAACAAAUGAAGAGUUGUCAGUGAAGGAUUCCAAGGUUUAUCUUGAAUUGGAGGAUUUGAUCAACUGGAAACCCUCUAACUUGACUGGAUUUGUCAAUGAUCUGCUAGUGGAACAAACUGGUUGAUAAAACUAUAAAUCCGACACAGGUUUGAUCUAUUUCAUCCUCUAUGUACCAUCAUAUCUCAUAUCUAUAUCUGUAUCUGAAGUAAACAAGGAUAUCGGACAUGAUUUCUUAAUGUAGAUGCCAUUGGCUGUAGGAAGGUGACUGCAAGUGUAUCGAGGCUUGAAGCUGAUAGCAACAAAGGUUUAUAUAGCUCUCUAUAUUACUGCUUUCCUUCAGAUUGUGAAAACUUUAAAUCAUAUAUAACAGUAUAUAUAUACAACAAUGUCUAGUUCUUUUUAACAUAUAUAUACAUAUAUAUAGUUAUAUACCCUUUACCCUUUAUUUAUCAAAUUCUGCUACUUCACUUAAAAGGUUAAAAAUUGAAAUCAAUGGUGCUACAUAUUUUGAUGCUUGG